AUGGAAGAGAAGACGGAAAUGUCACCGCUCCAGCUGUAUUCGCAGAUAAAUCAGUUUCAGCCAAGCUUGCCACUACCGGUAUUUGGUUCAUCAGGAAUAACUCUUGCACCACCACUCUCUAUCCCUGCAAAGGCUGCGAAAGAAACCCACUGGCUGCCUGCUCUAGAGCCCUAUUCGACACCAUCAGCUGCUUUUCAAAGUGAGAUCAAUGAUGCUUUGAUUCUGCUGCCUGUGCCAGAAUUGGUCACCCCUCCUGACUCUGAUAGCGCUUCUCGCUUCGACAAUAUUGAAACCAGUCUGAGCUCUGAUGACGGGCUUCCAUUCGGCCUAGAAGAGCUGGACAAAACUCACGUGUUUGAUGUUGGCGAUGAGAAAGCGCUCAGGAAGCGUCUGCGCAGGCCUCACUCCCGUUUGCAACAUCAUGGCGCCUGCUACCAGUGCAGAAGGAAGAAAUGGAGGUGCUCGAACAAUCGCCCAUGUGAGAAAUGUAUCGUCUACGGGACAGCUCAGUCAUGUGACCAACCAGACUCCGCCCGUUACGUUGAACGCCCUAUCUCUUCGAGAAUGUGCAUCGAGAUCCAAGACGAUGUCUAUGCGAACAUGGUAGCACUGAAAAACGCGUCAGUGUCGGAGGGAGUCAACUUUGCGCUCGUGCGCAUCACGUGGGAGAUCGGUAUGAGUGUGAAUCAAGUGCUGCAGGCCUUCAGGUUCUUGCCGCCCAACGCCAAGAAAGUGAUCGAUGAGUCCAUACAGGCAGUCCAGGCGCAUGCGCAGAAAACUCUAAUGAAGCGACAGUCAUGCAUGACCACUCUCAAAGAACUCGUCGCCAAGCAGGAAGUUGGCCGCAUCUCGGCUUUGGGGGAACAUGGGGCUGUGGACGACCCGCCAGAAGCCUCGGACGAGCGUUGGGGCCACGGGCGGUGGUUCUCCAUCGAGUUCGACAAGAACACCGCGACAAGAAAGUACUGCAAGGUUGGGUCAGAGUGCGCAGAGCUGCAGGGAUAUCAUCCUGAAGAAUUUCUGUCGCGUUUCGCCGAAAACAAUCUUCCUAUCCACACCACACAGUUCGACAUGCUGUGUAUCGCCAUGGAUACCAUCUGUCGGUAUCAGGAGAACAGGCUGGUGAAGUACUGGAGGCUACAGAAGCACACGGACGACCCUCAGGUCUUCAACACUGUUUUUGUGCGCUGCAGCAUCAUCCGAGACUUCGAUGCUAUGGGAAGGAAGAUUCGAACUUCGCUAGUUUACGACUACCUUGACGAGAAAGAGUACGAGAGGCUAUCAGAGAAGGCUCACGAAAAGGGAAGUGAAGACGAUCUGCUGGCGAUCUCGCUGCUCCCAAAGCGAUCCUUCAAGGACUUCAUUUCAGAACACAAACGCGAGCUGCAGUUUUCUGGCAAACUGUUGGACAUGCGUAAGAAGAAAUCAGGCAAAGAGAAGCUGGAUGAUUUCGUGAAUCGGUUGCAGCGAAAUGUCAAGAGGCUGAUGGCUGAUUGA